CGCAGUCGCCCCCGAUCUCACAAUCAAAAGAAGCCGCCGCCGCCGCCGCCGCCGCUGGUGCGAUACGAUCGUCGGAGCAGCCGACUGCUCUUCCGCCCCUCAAGAUCUGAGCAGUGCGCUGCGUAGCCGGCGUUCAUCCACGCCAGAUCUCGACUUGGUGCGCUGCGGAGCCGGCGUUCAUCCACGCCCGAUCUCAACUUAGUGCGCUGCGGAGCCGGCGUCCCCUUUGCUGGAGAUGCGUCCCCAGCAUCCCCCGCGUCCCCCGCUGGCAAUCCCUCAAGUCAUCCCACGUAAAAGAGGCAGAAGAAGUGCAAAGGAUGUGGUUGCACGACCAUUUAGGUGCACGAGAUAUGGUUGGUGGAAUCCAAUCAUGAAGCACACGUUUUUUGACGUACCUGCUCUAGAGUGCAAGUGCUGUAAAGAAAAGUGUCCACUGGAUUUCGAUUUUAACUUAUGUGGAAUUACCGUCAACCUUCACAAGAUUUUUGGACAUAUAUUGGAUCAAGGCAAUAGCGAGCUGUGCGAAGCAUUUGCUUUUGCCAAAAUCAUGGAGAUGACAAAAAAAAUUCAGUACUUGAUGCUAGCUAAGGACCCUACAUUAAUCGGGUCAUUGAAUCCGUUCCACUUAUUUGAUCAAUACAAAAUUAUGCUUGGAGGAGUUCCAGCUACCGGUGGAACGGAUCAAACCAUCUUAAUGGCAAUGGCUCUUAAAGAGCUAGGAAUUAUGGAUAAUCGUAAAUCAACUAUAUAUAGGGCAUCCAAUGUCUCUACCAUAAGCAGGAAUGACCAGCAGGCCAUUGUUUCUGCAUUGGCGAAUGGUUUUCCGCUGCACGCAACUAUUCUUCAGGGUACCAAACUGACUUUCCUAAGGUACUGUACUUCGUACGAACCCCCUGAUUUCUUCCAGGCUCUGAAAGUAAGAGCUCCUGAAGAUAUACCAUGUCAUGCUAUUGUGCUAGUAGGGGCUGUCAAGAAAAAGGGCAAGCUCUCUUAUUAUUUCUUGAAUGCCUGGAAACGGUUCUGUGCUCGUAGGAGUGAGGAUGGCACGUUAUUGGCCUAUGGGAUAGGAAAGGUAAAUGCUAAUAGGUUAUAUAGGAAUGUCAUCAAGGUAUCUCGCUUCAAGGAAGCUCCAAACGAGAGGAGUUUCACGCAAAACAUGAAACUGAACACAGCAUUGCUUGUUGGGGACCUGCCUAGGAGGGAACCUACCUUCAGGUGAAUGCUGUCUGUUUGCUACUCUAGUUGUGUUUGCUACUGUAGUUGUCUGUAACUGAAAUCUCUGAAUUCAUGAGACUUGCUACUGUAGUUGUCUGUAACUGAAAUCUCUGAAUUCAUGAGACUUGUACUGAAUGGGUGAGCACAUGACUAUGAAAUCUCUGAAUUCAUGAGACUUGUACUGAAUGGGUGAGCACAUGACUAUGUAGAGAACUUGAAGACUCCUAUGUUUGUUUCAAUUAUGAUCUUCAGGAAGAACUGAGCUA